GCCCGAGAGUGGAUGAGUUAAUUCCGAGUUGUGUUUUCCGUUUCGCGAUGACUUCGUCAGCUCGUCGUUUUCGUUUUGUUAGUCGUAAUUGCAGGAUAAACUUCUCCCUCGGUGCUACGAUUUCGCGAAACACGUAUUGGAAAGCAUAAACUAUAGAAAGUGGUAUUUCAAAAUACAGUUAAUAAUACGAAUAUAAUAAAAUGACCGACGACACUGACCAAGUAUUAUCGGAAGAACAAAAAUUAAUUAUUGCGCAUAAAAAAGAACGUAAAGAAUUACAAGCCAAAAUUCAAGUCUUGAAGAAGACCAUUUGUAAAGGUGACAAAAAGAAGAAGAGAGACAUCACUGAAGAAAUAUUGAAAUUAGAAAGUGAUUUGGAUAGAAAACAAGAUGAAGAAAUUGCUUGUCUUAAAUUAUCGAAAAUGAGUACUGAAAAAUCUGAAGUAGAGAUUGAUAAUUUAUUAGCUAGAGAAAAUAGUGAUUAUGUACAUAUGAAAAAUAGUCGAGAAGAAUGUAAAUCGAGUGGUAGAGUUUCUAAAGCCCAAAAACGAAGGGAAAAGAAAGAAAUUGCUGAAAAAGAAAGAAACCAAAGAAUAAUUGAACAAGAAGUUAUAAAUAUUCAUGGAAAGCGUAAUGUUGAAAUAGAAGCGAUUAGAAAUAUCCUUGUAAAACGAAAUUUAAUGAUACAUGAAAUACCAAGCGAUGGACACUGUCUUUAUAAUGCCAUUGCGCAUCAAUUGAAUGGAAUCGAAAAUUCGACGUUAAAUUGUAACGACCUUAGGGAAAAAACUGCCACGCAUUUAAGAGCGAAUGCAGACAAUUUUUUACCAUUUAUUACUAAUCCAGAUUCGGAUGAGCUUUUGUCCAUCGAACAAUAUGAAAAAUAUUGCGACGAUGUUGCUCAAACGAAUGCUUGGGGUGGAGCUAUUGAAUUGCAGGUAUUAUCUCACGUUCUUAAAUGCCCCAUCGAAGUAAUUCAAGCCAGCGGUGUUACCUAUAUAGUUGGAAACGAACAUGCCCCAACGAGAAAGCUCAUCUUAACUUAUCAUCGUCACAUGUAUCAAUUAGGAGCGCACUACAAUUCAGUAACGAAAUAUGUUAAACAGCCGGAAGACAGCUGA